AUGAACGGUAUUUCGCAGGCUAGCUAUGGCAGCCAGAAAGCCAUCCACAAAGCACCUUCUUCAUCCUUUAGCACUGCAUCUACACAGCACGAGGUCUCCAUGAAUGAUCCAAGCGAUGAUGCCGACCGAGAGAUAGAAAAGCUUCAAGCAAAAAGGCGAGAUUGGCGCAGGAACGAAUUCCAACAACUCCUCAAUCAUGAGACAGACAAACAUCGACUGCAAUGUUUUGAUCUCGCUCCUAAUAGUAGCUCUGCGUCCGGAGAACACAGCACUUCUGUCAGCGCAGAAACUCCCAUACCACGUGAAAAGCUUUGGGAAACAGGCUUGGAUGAUAUCUUGAACAAAGGCCCUUCCAAGGUUGCUUCUGAGCUCUCCCAAAGAAGCCUCGAGAAAUUAAAGCAGAUCGUUUUUGGCAACUCCGUUCGAAAAGCUUUGGGCUUAUCCUCUGACCAGAUCAAGACAUUGUUUUGGACAUAUGAAGUUCUUAACGCCAAGCUUUAUUAUGAUUUGAUCAAGUCCCCGCAGCAUCUGAAUCGAUUACAAGAUCUCAAACAGAGCCUGGAAAGGUUGAAAAGCGACCCUCUCAUCCACGCCACCAUCGAAUAUACUUGGCAAGAGGCUGCCCGAGCAGUACUGCAAUGCCCGGUACAUGAGGGCCUCAAUGGUAGCGGAGUAGGUGGAUUGGCUUCCAGGUUAGAAGUAAUUCUCGACAAAUUCAUAACCCGACCCCUCCAGGAGGUCCUUGAGAGAGCCGAUUCGGCAGAAAGAAUACUGCAGGACUUGCAGGUUCUGAGAAUUCGCUUGCGCGAUUCUUUGAGCCCCCUUGAGGCAGACUGGAGCUCGCCACUCAACAACAGAAAUGAAUUUCUGGAGCAGUUGCGAUGGAACGACGUUCCGGCUCUUGUGCGCCUCAUAUCACGCAAAGACAUGGGUUUAUUUAGAGAGUAUGUGCCUAUCGUCUUCACCAAAGAUGGAGCUCAAGCGCGUUCCAUCUUGAGCUCCCGGUGGAAUCAGCUGAUGGUGGAGGUGAAAGAGUGCAUGGCUGCUGAGAUUGGGCUGGAAUCUAAAAUUGAUGGUCUUGCUCAGGUAUGCUGGAACCGUCUCAAUUUCAAUUUCAACUCUGACAGCCCCUUUUAG